GAGUGACGAUGACGGUGAUGGUACCUGGUAUGCUCAAACGAACGGCACGAGUUUCGUACAAACUUCUACGUCCUGUUUUACGGUACUACAUACAUGUCACCACAUACGGAUGUGACGAGUACGGAACUUCAAUUUCCCAUUUCCAUCAUUCAAAAUCGAUCAUCACACAACCAUCCAGAUUUCUAUGCAUACUGGUACAGCUGAAGUCAACAUACGCUAUUAUCAUUACUCGGCCAAUCAUCAACAACUCGAAGAAUAAGAUGGCGAGACUUUCAUUAUCAUCAGUGGCGGUUCUAUUUGCUCUUGCUGCGUGCUCCUUCCGACGAGCAAAUAGUUUUACUGGGAACACGUUGUUGACAACAGAGAACACGGCCAAUAAUCACGCACUUUAUGCCAAAAAGCCAGCGAAGAAAAACAAAUCAAAGAAGAAAGGCACUGGCAAUAGUGGAGGCGGGGGAUUUGGAAAAGUUCAAAUCGAAUCUACGACCAACAAAGUUAGAAGCGUAUCUGGACAUGCCGGAAGUGGAGAAAAACCGUUGAGACAGGCUGCCAAUACGUUUGACGCCAUUCGAAAAGAUCACGGAAAAGAGGCUACCAAUGAUGUCUAUUGCUACAGCCCCCUUGACGACGAAGAGACAUUCUGGUAUGUAGGAAAGGUUGCUGCUCGACCGGGGGUUUCUGGCAAAAUGGCCGUUUUGUCUCAAAAACGMCUCAUUCUGGAGUACUCGAAACGAGAGCUGAGACCCCAAAAUUUGGGUGGAAAGUACGCAUCUGCGUUGGAGUUGUGGCUGGCUCCCGGAGAUAGUGAGAUGGAUGCCGUCCAAAACAAAGUUAGCUUAACGAAAGUUGAAGGAACUACAAAAGAUCUUUCUUCUGAUUUUUCUGUCAAGGAUGUUGGCUAUAACCCAGAAAUUUACGUUGGCGACGAGGUAGAAAAAGGAGGACUCAGAAUCAAGAGAGAUCCUUCGACAGGAAAGCCUACAAAACCGGUUUUUGAAGUGAAUGAAUCGAUGUAAAUAUAAACCAAAUCUACUCAUCUUGCCUUUCAAAUUCAUUUUGACGAACCACCGAACCAAAAAGAAUCAAUACUCAAUGUGCGGUGUGAUCGCCCUUCAUCCACAUGCAAGAUCUAUGAAACAAGGAUGAGUGGAGUAUCAAGUCCGAAAACCUAAUUGAACCUCUAAUCGAAUUGAGUAAUUAUAACACCGCUGUCAAGUUGUUUUUGCGAUGCUCCCUCUGGACUGCGAUGAAAGCAAUAUUUACCAUCAGAUUCAAUAAAAUUUAUCAAAGUGG